AUGAGUCAAGACUCAUCAAUCCAAAAGGAGUCGAGGCCUAUUGGUCGAAAGGCAGUGAAGGCGAAGAGAGGGAGUAAUUCCAGCAAUGAUAUUGCAAAAUUGUUGGAGCAAAUUGCAAGGAACGGCACCAUGACAAUUGAGUUAGACAUGAAAAAAGAUGCGGACGAGAAUGCAAUGAAUGAAGAAUAUGCAAGAGAAAGGGAGCAUACACGCAAACAAGACAUUGAGAAGAAGAAUCGGGAAACCAUGACCAUGGAUACAAGCCAUAUUUCCCUUGAAACAAAACAAUUUUGGAAGCUAGAACGAAGGGAUGUUAUGAAAAGAAGACUUUUCCGUGACAAUGGACCUAGCAACAUUGAUUGGUUAAAUGAUCAAAACCAUUAA